AUGUACCCUCGACCGAGUAUACUCACACGACUGGCACUACGACGAGUCCAAAAUUAUCGUAGCGGCAUUAAUAAUGGCAGAUGUAAAUGCUGCAGCUCACAGGCUCUUGUUAUACCUCCAAAAUUAUUGCAAAAGCGAUUUUACUCAAAACCACCCAAUCAUGUAUCCUUUUGUUUCUCGGACCUCGCAAACCAGAACAAAACUCAUGUACUUGAUGCUGACCCUAAAAAGUACCUCAAUUUUGCGCUACGAUGGAUGUUAAAGUCGCAGCCUCAACUGCAAACACUAGAAUUUAUUUUAUCCAAUUAUCACGAGUUAGAGACCAGUCUCCUCACAACAUUCAGUUAUGACUUACUUCAAUCGGGAAAUAUCAAAGCCGCUAUAUCUUUACAGCAUUUUUUAUUAGACAAGUGCCCCAAGUAUCAGAUUCCGAACCAGCUUUGGUCAUACUUAAUAGAUCAAGUUUGCGCUAAAUCUGACCAUGUUGGUGCCAUGUUUAUUUAUCACGAGCUUAUUGAUAACCACAAGUUCUACGCGGAGUUGAAUUUUGGAGUACAGGAGAAUGAUUUUAUUCCUUUUCUAGUUUGCGACUCCGUGCUUGUUCGACUCGCUACAAUUUUUGCAAAUAAUGAAGACCAUUUGCGAAUACUGGGAUUAUUACGAUAUUUCAGACGUUUCUACUCAUAUUUGCACCAUAGGGACAAUUACCGGGCUAUGUUACUGCUUCUAAUUGAAUCACACGCGAAACUGGGUAAUUUGAAACCCGCAUUGGAUUCAUUUAGAAGGCUAGCACUCAUAACCAAAGAUUACCAACCGUACAACGAAGCUUUGCUCAAUAACAGCCAACCAGUGGAGAAAGUCCAAGAGGAAGAAAUUCGGUGGCGAGAUGCAAAUAUUGAAGCCAAUGAAUACAAAUAUGAGUUUGAACCAAAGGAAAACUUUGAUAUUCACCAGAAUUUGCUUUGUCAAUUAUGUCAAACAGAAAAAUAUACACCGUUAAUUCAUCGAAAUGUUUACUCUUUUGCAAAAACACAAUCCGGAGGCAUUGCUCAUAAUCCAAUAUUGUCAUCGGCGAUUGCUAUUACAGAUUUACCCGAAUUCAUAAACUUGCUUGCCAGUCAUUUUCUGAGUAGUAAUGAUACAUUGCAAAACAUUAGUACAAGGGCCGUCCUUGAAUUUAUAAUGCAAUGUCAUAUUGGAGUGAGUGCAUUUGUCAUUUCAGCAUUGUGCAAAGUCGGAAAUACAAAGCAAGCUUUCUUGGUCAUGCAAGCCUUGAUGAACAAGACAUCAAAAAGGAAUGCUUCGAGAAACCAAAAUUUUGUGACGAUCCUCGACUCCAUAAGCGCGAGGUCUGCAACAGAUCAUCAAUUUGCUAAUGAAGUAUACAAUUAUCAUACAUUGAUAAAACGCGGAUAUGUUAAUAAACGCGUUUUGCAACUGUUUGUCCGAUUUCUAUUAACAUCUCCAUUUACUUCAUCUUCGGAUUUGUUGUCCAAAUUGGAAAAACUUAGAACAUGGAAGGAGGCUCGGAUAUUUGUUUCAAAAGACAUGUUUGCAGCUUACGAAAAUUUGGAUCCGUCGGGUAAAUUUCAUGACUUGAUCAUUUGUAAUGAGCAGAUCUAG